AUGUCCGUUGUCUUCGGGCUGCAGGGUUUUCCUGGAGGUCUUGGUUCAGCAGACGUUCACUCUGUCAGGACUCCUGAGCUGCAGUGCUCCCUUCAGGCGGUCUCGGAGGACGCCCUCUUGGUGCUGGUGUCUCAGCUCCCUGUAGCAUUAGACAGGCAAGCUAAGUCCACCACGUUUGCAUCACACAGAGACACAGAACCAAACGCUGCAAUAACGCCCAAUGAAGAUAUUGCGAUGCAUGAUGUAACAACGUCCCCUAGAGAUGAAGACCUAGCAACUGCAGCCCCCCAGACCACCCCACCCCUACAAGGGAGAGCCGAUGAGCAGGGACGUUUCGAUGCAGUCUUUCAGGACCCAAGCCAGGGUGCUGGCCAAUAUGAAGAGCUGCUAAAAGACAUUAUAGCCCAUCUAGAGGGGAUUAUAGAACCUCCCCAGAUAUCACCGCUGCCCAAAAACACAGACAGCAAAUUCCUAAUAUUGGAGAUGAUAUUGAGAGAGCUAUACAGUCACUGUAAAAUUACAGCCGAAAAACUCAAGGAGAAGGAAGUGGAUAAGAGAAAUUUCAGACGUGUUUUAGCCUCUGUACUGGAGGUGUUUGAGGGAUGGGAUUCAGGUAUGGUGCUGUUGGCCUAG